AUGGCGGAAGAACCAGUAGUGAAUUCUUGUUGUGCUAAGUGGAUAGCGAAAAGGAAUGCUCUACGAGAAGCCGUGAAGCUUCUUAAUCAGUGGAAGGAUCAGAUUGAGGAUGAGAAACUUAGUCUCUCAAAAGAGUUAGAGGAGGAGCGAGCACGAGUAGAGGUGGAGAAAGAGGAAAAAGUUAAAGAAUGUGGUGUUAGAGUAGAAUUAGAGAAUGAGAUCCUGCAGUUGAAAUCAGAGAUUACCUCCUUACAGGAAACUGCUUAUUCAAGAGAGGAUGCAGAAACGAAGCAUCUCAUGUUUUCAUUCACAGCAUUAGAGGAGGAGCGAGCACGAGUCGAGGCGGAUAAACAGGCAAAAGUUAAAGAAUCUGCUGUUAGAGUAGAGUUCGAUAAUGGGAUCCUGCAGUUGAGAUCAGAUUUAACCUCCGUACAGGAAACUGCUUAUUCAAGAGAGGAGUUGCUUCAGACCCAAAUUUCACAAGGAGAUGCAGAAAACAAACGUCUCAAGGAGCUUAUUGAAAAAGAAAAGAAGAAGGGAGAUGCUGAGAAAAAUAAGGUUGAAGCGGAGAAGAAGAAAGCUGCAGAAGCAUUGGAGCUAUUGAAAGCUGAAAACAGUAACUUAGAGGAUCUGAUUCAAAAGCAGGUCUCAGUCGGGGAAGCAGAAACCAAACGUCUCAAGGAACUUCUGGAGAAAGAAAAGAAGAGGGGAGACGCCGAAAAAAAGAAGGUCGAAGUGGAGAAGAAGAAAGCUGCAGAAGCAUUGAAGCUAUUGAAAGCUGAAAAGAGUAACUUGGAGGAUCUGAUUCAAAAUCAGGUUGAAGCGAACAAGAAGAAAGCUCUGGAAGCACUCAAGUUACUAGAAGCUGAAAAGAGCAAACUGGAUGGAGAAAAACAGCAAAUUGAUAAAGAUAUGAUUCAAAAACAGGUCUCAGACGGGGCAGCGGAAAUUAAUCGUCUCAGGGAAUUACUAGCGAGAGAAAAGGGUAGAGUAGACUCUGAAAAAGUGAAAGCUAAGGUGGAAAAGAAAAAAGCUUUAGAAGCACUAAAGUUAUUAAUAAAACUUGGUACAGAGAGAUCAAAAGCACAGAAAAAUCUAGAAGCUGUGAAUAAUAAGGCAGAUAGGUUGAAGAAAAGAGCAGAUUCCGAAAAGGCAAAAGCAGAGCUACAGAAGAGGUGUGCUGAAGAAGAGAGAAAAAAGCUAUUCGAUGUAAAUAAUAGGUCGGAUGAAUUGUCUAGGAGGUUGGAAGAGGAGAAAAAGAGGAGUGAAGAAUUGGAAAGGAAGGUUCAGGAUAUCAUGUCCACCGAGAAUGUGGAGAAGGUCUGCCCUGAAGAGUCAGAUAGACAUCAUGAAAAUGUAAACACAAUCGCUGCAAAUGCAAAUGUGGCGUUCUUAGAGAAUAAGCUGGAGCUUGAAUAUAAGCAUGUAAAGCUUGCUAAAAAGGUGGCUAAGUUUGAGAAAAGACGCAAUGAUUUGUUACAGCAAGAAAUCUGCCGCUUAAAACAGGAUCUUCUCCAAUUCUGUCAUCGACUUAAUUCAGUAGAUGGCUGUUUCUCUCAUUGA